CAGGAGGAACCGUGGAUUGAUCAGGAUGGACAGCAGCUUCAAGGACUGGAGGAGGCUGACAUCAAGUUCACAUUGACUCCUGUCGCUUUGAAGAGUGAAGAAGAUGAAGAGAACCUUAAAUCGUCAAAGCUUCAUCCGAAUGAGACGAAGGAGACCAGAGCGGACUGUGGAGCACCAGAACCAGCCAGGAACUUAGGUCCUGAUGGACAUUUACAACAAGGUACUGAGGACAAGACUGAAGACUCUUCUGAGACUGAAGAGAGUGAGGCUGAUUGGAUGGAGACCAGGGAACCUCAGAUUGGUUUAAAUACAAGAAAUAACAAACAGCCUCUAAUUAAAAUGGGAUGUAAGACAGAAAAAAAAUUGUUUAGUUGCUCUGAGUGUGGUAAAAUAUUUAACCACAGGGGCCAUCUAAAUACACACAUGAGGCUUCAUACAGGAGAGAAACCGUUUAGUUGCUGUGAGUGUGGUAAAAGAUUUAACGAAAGGGGCCCUUUAAAUAUACAUAUGAGGAUUCAUACAGGAGAGAAACCGUUUGGUUGCUCUGAGUGUGGUAAAAGAUUUAACAAAAGGACCAAUCUAAAUUCACAUAUGAGGAUUCAUACAGGAGAGAAACCCUUUAGUUGCUCUGAGUGUGGUAAAAGAUGUACCAAAAAGAGCAGUCUAAAUUCACACAUGAGGAUUCAUACAGGAGAGAAACCGUUUAGUUGCUCUGAGUGUGGUGAAAGAUUUAGCCAUAGGAACAGUCUAAAUACACAUAUGAUGACUCAUACAGGAGAGAAACCAUUCAGUUGCUCUGAGUGUGGUAAAAGAUUUAACCAAAAGAACAAUCUAAAUACACAUAUGAUGAGUCAUACAGGAGAUAAACCAUUUAGUUGCUCUAAGUGUGAUAGAAGAUUUUACACAAAGGGCAAUCUAAAUAGACAUAUGAGGGGUCAUACAGGAGAGAAACCAUUAAGUUGAUGGGGUGUGGUAAAGGAUGUAAGAUUCAGUCCUAUUGUACGAGAUGUAAGGAUUCAUAAAGGAGAGAAGUAAUUCAGUUGCAACCUUUGCAACAAAUUAUUUAGUAGGAAAUAUCAGCAGAUAUUCAUAUUAUACAUAUUCAUGGUUCACUGUUUUAAAUAGACUAUUAACAGUUUGUAUGUCCCUAGA